AUGCGUGAGAUUCCAAUGCGGGCUCCGGCGCAGCUGAAUGGCCGAGCCUGGGCGAAGAAUAGGGUCAAAAGCUUAGACAAGGUUUCGAUGCUCGUUGCUUUUGGGACAUGGGGCCUGAUGUCCGCAGGCCAGCAGGCUAGCAAGCCAGCAAGGAGAGAUUGGCGUAGAGUCAGCGCUGCAACGCUAUAUGCGUAUGCACUCUCGGCGCAAAGCCAAAUGCGCCACACUUUUGCGAGUUCGGACUUUGACGGAAGACGGGCACUCGGACUAGCAGCGCUGGACAGAUGGCAGACCGAGCUUGGUGUUGGUAAGCGGUACCAGUGGCAGUCUCCGAGGCAGAGUAAAUGCAUGCCAUGGCGCCGGCGGACAGAGGCGGUGCAUGGCGACAACGCAGGCGGCGCAGAGAUUGCACAACCGGGUGGCAGAAAGGGCCGGCUUGGUACUUUUGCCCUCUGGGCAGAUGAGGGCUGCCAGCGGCUGGUCGAUGGCAGCAGUUGA